UGUUCUGGAUUUUACACUCUGUACAACACAGCCAUGCCUAGUAAGACUGUCCUCCCCACAGCGCAAGAGGCUCUACCAGGGCGGGCUGAAGCCCUUCAGGUGUCAGCCAAGCAUGCGAUUAAUGGAAACUCAACAAUUCAGCCAUUUCCAGUUGGUCAUGAGCUGGCAAUGUUUGGUAUGGGCUGCUUCUGGGGAGUAGAGCGGCUGUUCUGGAAACAGAAGGGUGUCUUCUCUACACAGGUGGGAUAUGCUGGAGGGUACACUCAAAAUCCCACAUAUAAGGAAGUGUGUACAGGUCUCACUGCACAUGUCGAGGUGGUCCGGAUUGUAUUUGACCCUAAAGUCAUAACUUAUAAAGACUUACUGAAGUUGUUCUGGGAGAACCACAAUCCAACUGAAGGAAUGAAGCAAGGACAGGAUGUAGGCAGUCAGUACCGCUCAGUGAUAUACACCUAUGGACAUCAACAGAAAGAUGCAGCUGUAUUAUCAAAGGAGAACUUUCAAAAGGAGCUUAAACGCAUCAGCCUGGGCACCAUCGCCACAGAGAUCCAUCCAGCUCCAGAGUUUUAUUAUGCAGAGGAUUAUCACCAGCAAUAUCUGCACAAAAACCCAGAUGGCUACUGUGGCCUGAAGGGAACCGGUGUCAGCUGCCCCCUCUAGAGACCAGAGGAUAUGUUAUUCCACUCUCUUUUACAGGGUUAUCUGCAUUUGUGCAUUCAAUAAAAUGUUACACAACCUAA